UCUGGUCCCGGGCGGGCGUGCGGUUCACGAGGAUUUCCUAAAACUACCUUCCUUAGAAGAUCUCUGGCCUCCGGAGUUCAGCACAGAGACUUCAUUGCAGAUCUGUGAGAAUGAGCUUGCAGGCCACACCCACACUCCUGCAGCUAGCCAUGCAGAGUCUGCUGAGGGACGAGGCCGUGGCCAUCUCUGCUCUGCCGGACCUGCCCAUGGAGCUCUUCCCACCACUGUUCAAGGACGCCCUCACCCACAAACGAUCUAACAUCCUGAGGAGGAUGGUGCAGGUCUGGCCGUUUCCCUGUCUCCCACUGGGUGGUCUGAUGAAAAUGAAGGCACCGUACCUGGACGUCUUACAAACCAUACUGGAUGGGAUUGACGGCCUGCUCGACCAGAAUAUUCACCCCAGUAAUUACCGACUUCGAAUUCUGGAUUUGCGGGCUUUGCACAAAACCUUCUGGACCGUGUGGGCUGGAGAUAAGACGGCGUCUUGCAUUUCAGAAGCCAAGUGUAGGAGAAGAUCACAGAGGAGAGGUCUGGAAACGGUAGCCAAGCCAGAGUCAUUGAAAGUGUUUAUCGACCUGUGCCUCAAGCCAAGAGCCUUGAAUGCAUGCCUGUCCUACGUCCUCCUGUGGGCGAGAAAGAGAAAAGCUUUGCUGCAGCUUGGCUGUAAGAAGUUGAAGAUCAACACGAUAGCUCUCCAGAAAAACGUGAAGGUUCUGGAAUUGCUAGAUCUGGACUGUAUGGAGGAGGUGGAAGUGUGCUGCACCUGGAAGCUGUCUACUCUGGCCAUCUUUGCUCCUUACCUGGGCCGAAUGAAAAACCUUCUCUCGCUCAUUCUCUCUCACAUCCAUGUCCCUGCCUCCAUUUCCCCUGAGGAGAAGAAUCAGUUGGUCAGCCAGUUCACCUCUCAGUUUCCCAACCUGCAGUGCCUCCAGGAGCUCUCCCUGGACUCUGCCUGCUUCCUCAAAGGUUAUAUGGACCAGGUGUUCAGGUGCCUGGAGGCCCCCUUGGAGAUGCUCUCUAUCACUGAUUCCCAGCUGUCAGAAUCAGAUUUGAAGGCCCUGUCCCAGUGUCCAGGCAUCUAUCAGCUCAAACACCUGAACCUGAGUGGUGUCAUUCUGACCAACAUAAAUCCCGAGCCCCUUCGCGUCCUGCUGGAGAGAGUCGCAGCCACCCUGAGGAUCCUGGAUUUGGAGAACUGUAUGAUUAAGGACUCCCAACUCAGUGUCUUCCUGCCUGCCCUGAGCCAAUGUGUUCAGCUCAUCAUGUUCAACUACUUAAGGAAUCCCAUCUCAGUGGCUGCCCUGGAGAGCCUGCUUUUUCACACCUCCAAGCUGAGCUGCCUAGGCUUAGAGAUGUAUUCUACCCCUUGGGAGAUUUUUGGUGCCCAGAGUGAUUCCUAUCAUAAGAGGCUAGAUGAGCUUCGAGAGGAGUUGAGCAAAACAAUGAUGCAUCUAGAGCACACCAGGACCGUCUGGUUCAGCGUCGCACCCUGUCUUCCUAAUGACAACCAGGUCAUAUGAGUCAGAGUGCAAGCUUCAUCAAGGCUCUUCCCUCCGUGGGUACUUGGUGUGGCAAGUAAUUCCUUCUAGCUCUUGGGGACAGACUCCUCUGGUAUAGAGGCAUCCUGAAGCAACACAGAACAUGUGAUCUCAGGGUGGGGGAUUGGGAU